AUUGAAAACGAGGGACGGGCGAGCGAACGAGCCCAGCGAGCCUUGCGUCAGGCGUCAAGCGCAGCGAAAGUACCGGCGAACACGCGUGGGUCCGACAGGACGACAGCAUCAACGAGAAAUUUGGCGUAAACUCUUUUAGUUUCACGGGUAACUUUACGAGUACGUGUUGAGCCGAGAUGGUGGGCACCAAGUUGUACGUUGGAAACCUGCCUGAUGAGGUGAACAAGGAUGAACUGGAGCAGAUGUUCCGGAAAUAUGGCAAUGUCGUGGAGUUCGACAUCCUCAAAGAUUAUGGUUUUGUUCAUUAUGAACAAGAAUCAGAGGCAAAAGCUGCAGCAGCUGCCCUGGAUGGACAUGUGUACAGAGGAACAAAUAUGAAAGUGGAAGUUUCCCGCAGUAAAGUGCGUCAGAAAGCUGGUAUGGGUGGCAAGGGAGAAUGUUAUCGCUGUGGAGGUGAAGGCCACUGGUCAAAGGAGUGCCCAAGAGGACCAUCACGUGAUUCUAGCCGGGGAAGAGGUAUGGGAAUGCGUGGAGGUGGGGGCAGGUUCCGCGUCUACGACAGACCCCCACCAAGAGAAGCAUACUACCCUGAUCCAUAUGACUAUUAUGCGCGGUCUCGCAUGUAUCCUCCAUCUUCCUCGUAUGACCGAUACAGAUAUGACCCCUACGAGCGUAGGCUGCCGCCAGUGCCCCCACCCAGAGACCCGUACCGUGACCCAUAUGCCAGACCAUCACCAGAAUACUACAGGAGGUCUCCUCCAAGGGAUCCGUACUACGACUACUAUGAGAGAAGAAGGUAUGACGCCCUUGAUGGCUAUGGGGACGGCUUGAGCUUGUCCUCCAGUGGAGCCGCCAGUGCUGUAGAUGACAUCAAGCCACCACCUCGCAACCCGCUACAGGGACGUGUCCCCGGCCCCUACUGAACACUGUCUGCUGGUCCCCACUGCUAAAGAACAUUGUGUGCACAAGUGCACCUCAUGAAUAUUGUCAAUUGUUUCCUCUGGGUUUUUUUUUGUCCAUGCUCAUUCAUUAAAUGUUUUAGUCUGAUCCCACCCCAUCACCCAACAGCUAUUUUUCAAAUUUUAUAUUUUUUAUGCUUUGAUCCACUAUGUGCAUCCCUUUUUUUUUCAUGGUUGUAAUGAUUUGCAUCGAAAAUGUUUUGUUGUACGUUGUCAGACAUUUUGUUGCAUUAUGGUAAUCAGGUUUCUAGUACCUGCCUGACCAUAUAUUGAAAGUGUUCUGUACAGGAUUUCAUAGCCUCGUGUCAUCCCUGCCACAUAAUUUACAAGUUUGACCCUUAGUUGUAUUGGGUCGGGGAAUUUUGUUGUUGUUUUUUUUUUAAUGGGUUUUUUUUUUUUGUUGCACUCCCCCCAUCAUGAAGUAUUGCAUUGUUCAGAAACAAAAACGUAUUCAUUGUUGAAUAUCAUGCCAAAUUAAUUUCUCUAAAGUUCCUGUUCAUGUGUAAAUAUACCAUACAGAUACUACAUUUUUAUUCUUUUUCUAGAGAUUUUUUUUUUUUGGUGUAAGCAAGCGUUUCUCAAUGUGUUUGCCUCGAUCUUGUUAAACAAUUUGGAGAGUUUUUGUCAGCUUUGUUGAUGAAGGUUGUUGACUCGAGAGUGGCUUUAGUGGUCACUGAGUUGAAUCUGGUGUGUAUAUGUUUUUCUUGUUGCCUGUCUCUUUCCGGCAUUUCUAAAUGAAACGCCCGACAAUCCAAUUCCUGUAACACAUUACAACUACAGCGCAGUGAAUGACGUGCACGGCUCUCAGGGCUAGGCUACAACAGCUAGUACAGAAAGUACUAGAAGAAGUGUCAGGAGAUUCAGCCAAUCAAAAGCGGCAUUUUGAACUCUUUGUGGUUCUCAGAUGUGCUGUCUGAUACCUUUACCCAUACAGGGCUUACUGAAUGUUUUCUGUGCUUUACUUUGAUUUUAUUGCCGCCAGGUUUAGUUUUUGAAGCAUUGAAGCAUGUUGUGAAGCGCUAGAUUUCUAGUUGUGCCGGGUAAUUUCUGCACGUACACUGGGAUGAUCAAGAGUAAUUGUAGCUUCUUGUGACAGUAAAAUAAGCUUAUGAACCAUCGUUGUCCAUGUAAAUUGGAUUAAGAAUGUUGUAAUGCACUUGACAAGGUGGACCAAAGCUGAAUAAAAUUUGUCUGUUGGUCUUUCA